AGCUGCCUCUCCAGUUGUCGGCUCCCCAGAGGAAAGGGGCGGUUGGUGUGGCCUCCAUUGUUCGGGAUCUCGGACGCCAUGAGGGGUGACAGAGGCCGCGGUCGUGGCGGGCGCUUUGGUUCCAGAGGAGGCCCAGGAGGAGGGUUCAGGCCCUUUGUGCCACAUAUUCCAUUUGACUUCUAUUUGUGUGAAAUGGCUUUUCCCCGGGUCAAGCCAGCACCUGAUGAAACUUCCUUCAGUGAGGCCUUGCUGAAGAGGAAUCAGGACCUUGCUCCUAAUUCUGCUGAACAGGCCUCUAUCCUUUCCCUGGUGACAAAAAUAAACAAUGUGAUUGACAAUUUGAUUGUGGCUCCAGGGACAUUUGAAGUGCAAAUUGAAGAAGUCCGACAAGUCGGAUCAUAUAAAAAGGGAACGAUGACUACAGGACACAACGUGGCUGACCUGGUGGUGAUCCUAAAGAUUUUGCCAACAUUGGAAGCUGUUGCUGCACUAGGAAACAAGGUUGUGGAGAGCCUAAGAGCACAGGAUCCUUCUGAAGUUUUGACCAUGCUGACCAAUGAAACUGGCUUUGAAAUCAGCUCUUCUGAUGCUACAGUGAAGAUUCUUAUUACAACAGUGCCACCAAAUCUCCGAAAACUGGACCCAGAACUCCACUUGGAUAUCAAGGUGUUACAGAGUGCCUUAGCAGCCAUCAGACAUGCCCGCUGGUUUGAGGAAAAUGCUUCUCAGUCCACAGUUAAAGUUCUCAUCAGACUGCUGAAGGACCUGAGGAUUCGUUUUCCCGGCUUUGAGCCCCUCACUCCUUGGAUACUUGACCUACUUGGACACUAUGCCGUGAUGAACAACCCCACCAGACAGCCUUUGGCUCUAAACGUGGCAUACAGACGAUGCUUGCAGAUUCUGGCUGCAGGACUAUUCCUGCCAGGGUCGGUGGGUAUCACAGACCCCUGUGAGAGUGGCAACUUCAGAGUACACACAGUCAUGACUCUGGAACAGCAGGAUAUGGUCUGCUACACAGCUCAGACUCUGGUCCGAAUCCUCUCACAUGGUGGCUUUAGGAAGAUCCUUGGCCAGGAGGGUGAUGCCAGCUAUCUUGCUUCUGAAAUAUCUACCUGGGAUGGAGUGAUAGUGACACCUUCAGAAAAGGCUUAUGAGAAGCCACCAGAGAAGAAGGAAGGAGAGGAAGAGGAGGAGAAUACAGAAGAGCCACCUCAAGGGGAGGAAGAGGAAAGCAUGGAGACUCAGGAGUGACCUCCGUAUCUCUUCACCUCCCCUUUUUUACCCAAGGGGAAGACUGGAGCCUAAGCUGACUGCUGCUGGGCUUUAUGUGGUGGCAUUUCUGAGGGAGUAAGGGAGACAGGAAGAUUUUUAAAGAAAGACUCUCUAGAAGGAAGUGUCAUUCCACUGGGUUCUGAAACUGUCCUAGUGAUCAGAAGUCUCCCGUUUAUGACCUGUGUCAUCCAUCUACAGUGAAGCAAGAUACCAACUUUUCUUCCUAAUAUUCUAGAAUCCCCAGCUCCUGAAACCUCUCUCAGCCAGUACUUUGUUGUUGAAAUGUUGUGAACUGUGUUUGGAUUUUUUUUUUUUUUCUAAGAAAAAAGAUUAAAGUACUUCCUAGUAGG